GACAAGGCUGUUACGUCAUCGAGAAAUUCCGCUUGGGAGUGACGUUCCAGAGAGCUUAUAGACAGUGUCGCCACCGGGAUUCGGAGCCUGCGGAGCUCAGAACACGUGAAGUCCAUCAGCUAGUGGCCGAACUGUCCAAGUCGGAAAACAGCUGGAUCGGUCUCACCGAUGUGCGUCGGGCUCCUACCCCACAACAGCCUAUUCCUUACUGGAUCUACGGCAAGCGUACACUGGAGGGAUCCAGCUAUCAGCCGAGAAUCGAAACCGCCUUCUACCAGCAAUGGAAUGGUCAGACCUGCUUCUACAUGAAUGGAACGGGGAGCAUCGUCACCAGCAAAUGCACAAGACAGGUCCGGGCGGUCAUCUGCCAGAAGCCCAGAGCAGAUGUCCAGGUCUGCCCAAGAUGCACUAUCAAGAGAAGGAGCGAGGAGGAAAGGCACCUGGUUGAGAAGUCUCGCUGCAGCGACUUCCUGAUUGUAGCAAGGAUGGCCAAGGAGAGCAACAGCCAUUUCCUGCUCGACAUCAAGGCCAUCUGCUCCAAUACCUCUGCCGCCUUUGGCAUCCUCUCCGACAAGUAUGACGUACAGAAGUCAACAGCCUACUGCGUUCCCGUGGAGAGACAACCUGAGCCCAAGCUCCUGCCCGUCCAGAAGCCCCUUGCCAGCCCAAUGACGUCACGCUGCAAGCAACCAUGCGGGCUGGGUCUGAGGUCGCGCCACGAGUACCUUCUCGCCGGCACCGUCCAUGGCAUCACGGGAGAGUUCUCGUUCCAACCUGGCGUGGCGAUUCGCUGGGCUCGUGCCAAGAGCUACUUCGCGUCCCCACUGGCGACCGCCACCUGUGGACGGUAACAUGCCCCUAGGUAUGGAUACUGGAUGACUGUACUCAGUAACUCUUUGAAUUUCACAGGCUAUGUUUUAUUAUUACGAAGUAGUGGUUGCGACUUCGGCGAUGAUUUGAUGAUUUGUAAGAAAGCGAGCUCCAAUGUGGGGAGCAAACCCUUUCUUAUGUUUUAUUAUUAUUAUUGUAAAGCUUUCCUUUUGAUCUUGUCUCUUAUUGUUGUGUACUUUCCACAAUAUUGUGUUGCGUUGUAAAAAAAUCAACAAAAAAGAAAGAAAAAAGUAAGAUAUCCGGGCCUUGCUAGGAAACUGCCAAGCUGGGAGACUUCGAACUGUCUGAUUCAGCCAGUCAGAUGCUUUACUGAGCUGGGCACCUACUCAGCAUGAUCUACUCUACCAACUCAACUUAACCACUGUGUUAAACCUGGUUCUUACUCUACCACUCAACUAAACUUAACCACCAUGUUAAACCUGAUUCUCACCUUGGACUUAAUCAUGUACAUUAGUAGAGUGGCUGUGCUGGUUGGGAAUGGAGUAUUUCCCCUCUCCACAGCCACCAUGUUCAAUGUACUUCAGUCGCAAGUUCAGGAUAUCGUUUGUUUUUCUUGUUUGUUUUUGUUGUUCCAUAUUGACUGCUUUUACACAAUCCGAUUAGUCUAUUGGCUUAACUUGAUAAUACACAGCGUGUUGACGCUUCUAAA